GCCUACUUCCUUAGGAUUAGAGUGCAGCCUCUUCAGGCUCGCAAAAAUCCCCUUUGGACGUAUUCUGGUGAAAAUGACGCCAACAGAAUCUCCAGUGAUCUUUCUGUAAAGGACUUGGAAAAAUUGGUUCGAAGAAUUUCUCGAUUAGGCAAGAAGGAUCCUAUUCCCUCCUCCUGUCGAGUGGAACCAUACAGUGCUUCCAAUCCUCUUCCCGAGGUAUUUUCUCUUCUCGAAGUUCUAUCUUGUUCUGAACUGUUCCUCGUAUCUUAUUGCAGUGGUAUCUCACUUAUUCUCUUUUGUCACUAUUUCCUUGUAGAAUCAUCCUACUAUGGCUUCCCUUCCUCCUCUUCCUGAGGAUGGAGAGGUCGAAGAAAGAGCCGUUGUCGAUGAUGUCAACCAGGAGACCCCCUCUUUUGUGAAUGAACCCGCAGAUUCUCGAAAAUCUGCGGGAUCUACUGAGAAGGAUGCUGCCUCUGAAGAUACAACAUCAGCGCAAUCUCCUCCUCCUGCUGUUUCUCCGAAGAGCAAAAGGAAAAGGAGCAAUGCCGAAGAUUCCGGGACCUCGAAACCCGAAGAAACUGCUCCUGCACCUCGAAAAGCAGCUUAUGAUCCAUACAUCGAGAGUAUCAUCAGCUCUGAUGAUGAAGAAACACCAACUUUAGAUGUGGCUGCUCGAACGAGCACGUCACAUACUUUAGUUAUUUCAGAAAAACCAGUUGAAGGGGAGGAAUCGUCGCCUCCUCAACAAAAUGUUGAUACAUCUACUCCUUCGAGCCCUCGUGCCCCUUCACCAAAAAGGGCACGGGUUGAAAAGAUUGUUGAUCCUGCCCCUCAGUUGGGCAGUUCGUCGCCCCCGCUCCUAGAUGAUCCUAUGAUCAAGGAUCUUCUCCGCAUCGGGUCCCAAUUUAUUGGGUACCGUGAAUAUGCCGCCAGAGCCGAAGAAAAACUUUCAGAGGCCAACGAACGUGUCGACGCACUUGCUCAAAAACUCGAGCAAAGUGAGGCGGCUCGCAAGAAAGCUGAACUUGCUGCUAGCAAAGCCAAGGCCGAGGUUGAUGAAGCCAAGGUGAAAGCUGCUAGUGUCGAGGAACUGCAGAGAAGGCUCAAAGAUGCCGAAUCUGCCUUAGAUGAGCAGAAAACUGCACAAACUGUGCGUGAACAAGAGAUCAUCAAGCGUCUGAAGUCGCAAAGUCGACCCCAAACAAACCAAGAUUUUGAUCUGGAGAAUCCCGUCAAUGACCCUCUCCUUGAUGCACUUUCUCUUCUGGAGUUCCAUGGGCGCGAAAUUCGUGAAGGCGUGGCCAAUGCCAGUGCGAGUUUGUCGGCGUUGUUCCCCUACUUCUUCCCGAAGAAAGAGGAACCUUCGACUUUCCUUGCCCUUGCCAAGCUUUUCAAUUCGUCGGAAGACCUGGGAUUGAAGAUGCGUCAGGAGAAUAUGAAGGUUGCUGUCGAGAGUACUGUUGCCCUGGUUGCUGACAGCCAACAGACGCUUGAUUGGAUGAAGGUUGGCGACACCAGCCAGGUAGAGCAUUCGAGAUGGAGGUCGCUGAUCAAGGCAGCCAAGCCCAACACGAAGAAGAUCUUGGCGUAUCUGGGGAUCAAGCCAGCUUCGACUCCUAGCUCCUCGAGGCCGGAGUUGAUAUUUGAUAACUAUACUCCAACUUCCGCUCCUUCCAAUGUAUCGCCUUCUUCUCGUGCGAGGAGAGCUUUUGCUGAUACUGCACCUGUCGACGAUACCUUGUCGCAAGAACUGGAUGAACUUCGGCAGCAACUUCAGUAUGCGAAGAAGCAAACACUUGUGAUGAUGGAGCAAUCUCGUAAGUCAUCUGAAGCCGAAAAAAUUGCUCUUCAACAAUCUCACGAAGCCGUGGUUGCUAAGGAAAUUGCCGCUUCCGAGGCUGAAAAGGCAACUACUCGAGAAAAUUUCAUGCUCGAAUUAAUGAAUGAAGCCAGUGCAGAUAUGUCGGGUAUGCCUGUUUCAUCCGCUGAUAUUCUUUAUCUUCAUGCUAUUGUUUCUUAGAGGUUUCCACUUCUUUGUUUUGAUAGGUGCCUUUA